ACACUUUGGUUUCCUUUUGCUUUAGUGAACUGGCCAGGCCUUUUAAGUGCACGCAGACCAUGGGAGUGCCCAAGCAGGCUUACUAUUAGAAAAGAAUCCUAUAUGGAAUUCAGACAGGGGGUCCAUCUCUGCACGUCCUUGAGAAGUCUAGCUUUUCCAGGUGACUUCUGAAGUAUGACUCACAACAUUUCUUCCUGCAGCCCUAUACUGACACCCCAUUUAACCAGGCUCUACUUCCUAGUGCUCAUUGGAGGGCUGGCAGGCAUCAUCUCCAUUCUGUUCCUGCUGGUGAACAUGAACACCCGAUCUGUAACUACCACAGCGGUUGUUAACCUGGUGGUGGUCCACAGUGUUUUUCUGCUGACAGUGCCUUUUCGCUUGACAUAUCUCAUCAAGCACACCUGGAUGUUUGGGUUGCGCUUCUGCAAAUUUGUGAGUGCCAUGCUACACAUCCACAUGUACCUCACAUUCCUGUUCUACGUGGUGAUCCUGGUCAUUCGGUACCUCAUCUUCUUCAAGCGCAAGGACAAAGUGGAGUUUUACAGAAAGCUGCAUGCUGUGGCUGCCAGUGCUGGCAUGUGGCUGCUGGUGAUUGUCAUUGUGGUACCCGUGGUUGCUGCUCAGUAUGGAACGCACCAGGUGUAUGACGAGCAGCACUGUUUUAAAUUCCACAAGGAGCUUGGUCGUGUAUACGUGCGAGCUAUCAACUAUAUGAUAGUUACCAUUGUCAUAGCCACGGCGAUGGUUCUCUUGGUCUUCCAGAUCUUCAUCAUUAUGUCAAUGGUGCGGAAGCUACGCCACUCCUUACUAUCCCACCAGGAGUUCUGGGCCCAGCUGAAAAACCUAUUUUUUAUCGGAGUCAUCCUGAUUUGCUUCCUUCCGUACCAUUUCUUUAGGAUCUAUUACUUGUACACGGUGGCACACUCACAUGACUGUAACGACACUGUUGCCUUUUAUAACGAAAUCUUCUUGAGUGUAACAGCAGUUAGCUGCUUUGAUUUGUUGCUCUUUGUUCUCGGAGGAAGCCAUUGUAAGCAAAAGAUAACUGACCUAUGGAAUUGCCUCCUGUGCCGUUAGCCACAAACUACAGUAUUCAAAAUUCCUUUAUACUGGGAGUAAAAAUGGGCAUAGAGAGGUAGGAGGGGUUAUUUCAUUACUUGAUUAAAACCAUGCCUUAAUGCGCCCAAAUAAAAGGACUAUAAAAUGUCAGAGCAUUCACUCCGGUCCUUAUUUAAUCCCUACCACCCCUAAAUGAUGCCUUUAGAAAGACUAGUGAUGUUCAGUCUACCUGGAGUUACAAUACUGCAUUAUUUUCCAAUACAAAAGGUCUACUUGGCCCAUCUGGGCACCAUGGGCCUAAUGGUUUCUGAGCUUCACCAGCUUAUUUAGUUUCAUCAGUUUGAAGCAUGAUCUUCUGUAGGCUUUGGAUUGGAUUCAGCCCUCUAGUUCUUUUCAUUUCACUUAACCUUAGGUAAAUUAACCCUGGCAAUGAAUCAGCCCCAAAGACACAAACUCUAUUGACUAACCAGAUAAGAUAUCCAUUCAACUCCCACCUUGACAAAUAUCAGGUAAAGGGGGAGAACAGUAAGAAACUUUUCUAGAUUUCAUAACUUUCGUGGGAAGUCACUUAUCUAGAAAUCAAGAGAAACAGAAGUCCUUGUGACCUUCUGCUAUAACAAGGUUAUCUAGAUUUGUCCUUUGAAAGGUCAAGUUUAAGGACAUGGGAUCAACAUCCUCAAUAACUCCAAAAAUCAUUUAAAAGCUUACUAAACAUAUAUGUAU